CCUGAUGUCAGUUCAAUAGGUGGAGACAGUUCCUAUCUCUGCUGAUAGUCUGUGCAGUUAUUCUGUUCCUCUGUUCAAAAGACCUUGUCUGACGUGUUGUUUUGGGUAGCUGUUAACGGCCUUGGACCAAAGAUGGAAAAAAGCAAGAGGUGGGGUUCUGUGAGCGGUAUCAGUCCAUACAUAAAGCAUUAUGAGGGACUGUCAUAUGACAGGGAAGAUCUCCACAGAAAGCACCUACGGUCCAGGAGAGCCACACACCCUCAGGAAUACACACUGCAUCUUGACUUUAAUGCUUUUCACAGAUCUUUCCGCCUGCGUUUGAGACGAAAUGUGGAGGCUUUUUCCAGAAAUUUUAAGGUGAUCAGUGAAAACGGUUCCACAUCAGCUGAUCUCUCUCACAUAUAUUCAGGAACAUUAGAUGGUGAACAUGGUUCAUCGUGCCAUGGCUCUAUAUUACAGGGUCAGUUUGAGGGAACCAUCCAUAUAGAAAAUGGGGCUUAUCACAUAGAGCCGGUUCAUCGAUACAACAGCACCUCAACAGAUCAUCAUUCAAUAAUCUACCAUGAGGAUGACAUGGUCCUGCCAUCCAGAGCUGGCCCUGAUGGAUUCUGUGGUGCAGAACAUCUAAACCUCCUCGCCCAAAACCUCAGACCCAAUGAGGAGGCAGCGACGAGCCGCUCAAGGAGGACAGUUGAUGAGUCAAAGACCAGCUGCCUGCUCCACCUCCACGCUGACCACCUCUACUACAAGAGGUUCAAGUCCGUGGAAGCUGUUGUGGCUCAGGUUGCUUCCUACAUUCAAGCUGUGAAUGACAUCUAUGACAAGGUAGACUUUGAAGGAGUCAAGCUGAUCAACUUCAGAGUCAAAUCCCUCCACGUGAAAACUGAGGAGGAUAAAAAAGAUCCUUUACGCCCUUUGUACAUCGGGCCUGAGAAGCUGCUGAGUCUUUACUCUGAGAACAACUGGGGCAACUACUGCCUGUCCUACCUGCUCACCAACAGAGACUACAGUGGAGUGCUGGGGCUCGCCUGGGAGGGCAAGACUGGUGACUGGGGAGGAAUAUGUUCACGGCAAACCACCCUGCGUGAUGGCCGAACCUCCACCCUAAACACGGGCCUGGUCACCAUUCAAAACUACGGACAGUUCCUGCCUUCUCGACACGUCCAGCUGACCUUUGCUCAUGAACUCGGCCACAGCCUGGGCUCUCCGCAUGAUGAAGGCUCCAACUGUGGGAACCUUGGUUCCAACAGCGGUAAAGGCAGGUACCUGAUGUUUCCUCACGCCACCGACGAGGUGCGUGAAAACAAUGAUAAAUUCUCCCCCUGUAGCAUCAAACACAUCAGCGAGAUCCUCAGGCUGAAGAAGGACGACUGCUUUAUUGUCAGUGAUCAGCCCAUCUGUGGGAACCAGAUUGUAGAAGAAGGUGAGGAGUGUGAUGUUGGUCACAACGACACAGACCCCUGCUGCUACAGCGCUAAAGAGCCCAUAGAAGUUCAGUGUCGCCUCAAGCCUGGAAAAGUCUGCAGUCCGAGUCAGGGCCUGUGCUGUGGUCAGGAUUGUGGGUUUAAGUCGGCGGGUCAGAUCUGUGAUGAGGAGACAGACUGCCAGAGGGAGAGUGUGUGUUCAGGCCUCUCCCCGCUCUGCCCUGAGCCAAGUGCCAAAGAAAACCUCACCGUCUGCAGUCAGGGCACUCGAGUGUGCCUCAAUGGGGUUUGUGCCGAGUCUGUGUGUGUGAAGCAUAGUCUGCAGCAGUGUGACUGUCCAGGAGACUCAAUGAGGGAGAAAUGCCACAUGUGCUGCCAGCAGCCUGAUAAGCCUGACACAUGUGCCAGCACCACCUCCUCCGUGUUGUCACGUCACUUCCAGAGAAAGGCGUUGGCCCUGGUGGGCGGUGCUCCGUGCUCAGGGAACCGAGGCUACUGUGACAAAUUCCACAUGUGUCGCCUGCUGGAUGCAGACGGCCCCAUCGCCAGACUGAAGAACUCCUUCCUUAAAUUGGAUGACUUUGAUGACCUGGCUGAGUGGAUGAAGGCUCACUGGUGGGCCAUUCUGCUGGUCAUCCUCACACUGUCUGGAGUGAUGGGCUGCACCGUCUGCCUCUGCGGCCGCAAACUGGACACCAGAAACUUGGAGUAAUGUCUCUGACCUUUCAUCCUCAUCACUUCUGGGAAAACAAGCACCAUCACAAUGACGCACCAAUUCAUUUCUGUUAAUUUAUCAAGGCCACAUUGAAGAGAUUACUUUUUUAUCAAUUUUAGCCCACCUCCAGAGGGUUUAUUAUUUGCAGGUGCUCAUUGCCUCGCAUGCUUAUUCGUUAACUGAUAUGCAUCUGUCAUUUCUUGUCUGCCAUAUCUUGUCUGUUGUAAUGCAUGUGUUGUGGAAAAAUCUGCUGUUGUUGUCAACUGUCUGUCAGCCCCUCAGAGGGGCCACAUACUGAAGCACUACAUCUACAUCUACGCUGUUUGUUGUUUCUGGCUGCAACAUCCUCGUUGUUGUAUUUGAACUUGAGUGCUAAGUUCAGCUGUGAUGAACAUCCAGGUUUCCAUCACACUGAGACUGUAGUGACUUUUAAAUAGUCACAGGUUGAGAAGGAGUUGACAAAUGGAAAUUAAUAGCCCCCGCCACAGGACCUUUCACCCAAAUGUUUGCCAUCACUUGAAUGUUUGCAAUGGGGAAAAAAUGCUCAUGAUUAAGUUUAUAAAGUGAUAAUAAACAUGUUUGUCACCUCAAUAAGUAGUCGUUGACCAUUUGUGAUUUAUGUCAGAGCUAAAAGUCAUAUUUUAUGAUGAAUAUAAAGCUGGUUGUGCAUUUUAAAGAAGUAUACUGAUUCAGUUUAUCGCUUAGGUCACUUUGACAGCUAAUCAGCUAAUGGUGUCACAACUGCAAGGACAUAAAGAAAUCACAUAGAUUAUUUGGGGUAAUUUAAACACUUAUAUAUCAAAAACAGACAAGGGAGAGUUAAAAUUGUUAAAAUUGUUGUUUGGAUCAAACACACCUUUUGCUUAGAUAAUAUAUUUAAAAAACAGGGUUAAACAGCCUUGAACUGAUAAUGAUUGAAUGUUUUAUGAUAACAAAAAACAAAUGUAAUCAUUCUUUUUCAUGGACACAGCAAUAAAACAAA